AAACAAAUUAUUUGACUGGUUAGAUAAAAAUUGUCUCUGAGUCUACCGACAGCUACAGACUACCUGAUGCAUGUUAUGCAAAAAAAUGUCUGAAAAUGAAUUCCAAAUUGACCAAUAUUUUUUAGAGUGCCAGGAAAAUUUGUUGACAAGCAGAGCUCAACAGUAAGGUUUUUUCAACUUCUGGUCCAAUCGGACCAGCAAUUCAGAUUUUUAUGUGCCCUGCCGCAAAAGAAUGAUCAGUUUUAAUCUUUAGCACUAUAUUAGAUUUUAUUUUAUUUUUUCCAACGUAUUCACCUGGAAAUUAUUCGGCUACAAUGUAAGCCAAUUAAUUAAACACUUUUGCUUGAAAGUAAAGGCAUAUUGUACAAAACAUACUGACUAGUUCUCCGUUUUUGCAAAUUUGACACCACCUCAUCUAUGUUAGCCAGCUUGGAAACAUUAUCAUGGUGGCGAAUCAGCAGUUUGCAACAAUGUAGAAUGUGUUGUUCAUGGUGCCAAGUCUUUGAAAGAUGUAAAUGCAUUUAGUUUGUAAAUGAAUAGUAUGCUUUUAUAUUUUUUCUUUGUUAAAGUUCAAUGAAAUAGUUCUUAUAACUUUGGAGAGACAGAAAUUCUGAUCAUAUAGACAACAAAUGUUUUCUAUUGAUUUAUGGAACGACUGUGAAUGAACAUCUACUAAUGGAUGGAGGCACAUGUUCUGUUGGUUAAUUAGUGAGCAUCUUUCUGGCUUCAUUAUUUUCCACCCACUGGUAAUACCCCAUGUUAUGUUUUACAGCCAGUUCUCUUUUUUUUAACACUUUUUCUUUCUCUCACAUCCCCCUUUGAUUCAAUGCCAUCUAUAACUUGCUUAGCUGCUCUAUCAGCUGCUUUCUCUCGCCUUAUAAACAGUCCUCGCUCUCUUUUCUGUCUUUGCAACUGUAACUCCCAUGCUCUUAAUGUCAUUAACAGGUGCUUGUCCAAAAUAGAAGCCUUGCCCAUACACACACACACACACACACACACAAACAUCCGUGGAUCAGCUGACAUACACUCGAUUUACUUUCCCACAGACAUGCAAAACUCACACUGACAUAAACUGGAAAAUGUCAAAUCUGUCCAUGCGCCGAUAAAUACUCUUGCCUGAACCUUCUGCUUGGUGAUUAAGCUGUCAUACAUUCAUACUGUCAUACGUAGACUCUACAACUUGAUUUCAUGAGCCCCAGUCCCAGUUUUCUCCACCCUUCUUUUUUCUGUCCCUCUCUCUUUUUCUCUCUCGCUCUCUUUACGUCCCUCCUUCUCCUCCUCUCUCAGCUGAGUUUCAUGUAUCUAGUCAUCAGAUCUGCACCCACACAGAACAGGUUCAUCAAAAAGAGGAAUGUGUCGUCUUUUCACGGCUCUAUAAGGCUUCAAUCCAGUGUCGUGUCUCUCAUCAAGUGGUUCUUUUCAUAUACCCAUUAUUCCUGUCUAGUUUCUUAUCAAACCUUCUCUUGUUUGUAGACGUCAGUUAAUUCCCACUCUGCGCUCUUCAGAAAUGACCCCCUGUCACAUGAAUUUCUUGCACGCUGGAUUCCUUUUGAAUCACAGAACAUUGUAAUUCACUAUCAUUUCCUGUUCCUUUUUGAGCUUUCUAUUAAUACACCUCUCUGCGUUCUCAUUAUCCGUCCGUCCGUCCGCUUAACUCCAGACUAAUGUCUCUAGUCUCCUGUUUUUUGCUUUAGUUAUUUGUUUGUCCCCUUUCUUGACUUUGCCUCUGGGAGUUUCGCCACUCAUCUCCAAGCAUUGUGGCUGCCAUGUGGUCCAACUUUUUUUUGCAGCAGAAUGAGGACGGGAGAGCAGGUAUGGCAGCUUUGGGUGGAGUUGGCAAUAAGAGCGGGCGUUCAGGUAAACGGCCGAGGCCCCCUCGAAUGAGUGACAGCCAGGAAGGCAAGAUCAAGCUGGCAUUUUUCGUCGCUCUCAUAGGCGUGACUCUGACGGUGCUUGGCAUGGGCACAGAGUUCUGGGUGGAGCUAUCCCAGCCAAAACACUUCAGGAACAACCAGACGUGUGAGAUGGCACAUUACGGCCUUUGGAAGUCAUGCGUUUGCACGCUAUGGGUGUCAGAUAUUGACCCAGAGAGAGAGAGCUGUGGACCUGCAGAACUGCCUGGAGAAUCAAACUGCACAUUCUUUAAAUUCUACACUUCUGGAGAGAAUGCUGUCAUAUUUAAGAAAACGACAGAAAAAAGUUUGCAUAUAGCAGGUGCAAUGUUGGCUUUGUUGAGUUUGUUUCUGAUGAUCAUGGGCUCUGUGUGUAUCACUAUGUCUCUCAGUAAGAGUGUGCCUUUCUUCCUCAAGCCUGCUACCAUCUGCUUCGUCUCCUCAGGUAUCCUGGUCCUCCUGUCCAUCAUAGUUUUCCACCAGGCUGUGCUGGCGUUAUUGGCAAGCGAUCAUAGUAUCCCUCUCCAUCACGAGUUGUCCUGGUCAGUGGCGUGUCUUGGCUCGGCUGCGGCCAUUCUUAUUUUUGGAGGGCUUAUGUUCCUGUUGCUUUCCCUCCCCUACAACCCCCUGGAGAAAUGUUUUCGUCAGCAGAGCAGUAGUGAUGCCUAGCUGUCAGAGGACUGCCAGCGAGUUAAGUAGCACAAGAUCUUUUAUACUCUUAUGCUGCUUGUGGAGAUUAACUGAUGUUAUAAAGGACUCUCAAAAGCUAAUGUUUUGCAAAAACUAGCAUUAGUUUGCUCAUCGAUAAGAUUAUAGACCUUAAUGCUCAUACACCGACUCUGAAAUUUAAACUGAUAUUUCUAUGAUGGUUAUGUACAUAAAAUCAGUGACCAACAGAUCUGUUUACUGUCUUGAAAGGCUUCAUUUACACAACAUGCUGUGCUAUUAUGCAUUGUCCCUUUAUCUGCAUUUGUAUAAGAAACCUUAUUUGAUUACUAGGCAUAUAAUACUGACUUAUCAGGUAUUUGUGGGUUGAAAGUGUUGAUUUUUUUUUUAGGCCAUCCUAUCAAUGCUAAAGCCUUGUUCCCACCAAGAAAGAUAACUAUAUUAGUGUCAGAUAACAUUCUGGUUAUUAUAAGAGCACACUGCUGUUUUAAAUGCUUGAGCUCUUUAAAGUUGAGUGGAUUCUGAUUGGCUGUCAGUGCUUUUAUCAUUCAUCAGCUAGAGAAAAAAAAUAAUUCUGAAAAUGAUUCCCGUAAUAUCGUUCCUCUGUGGCAUUUUCAAUAUAGCUGUGGUGCAGACUUCUCUAUUCUCAUAGAAUUAGAAUGAUUAUUAAAACUUUAUAGUUAUAGUUACCUUUAUAGUUAUCGUCAUUGGUGCAAACAGGCCUUUAGAAUAAAACUGCAAACCAGCUUUACAGGUUUAUGCUAUUAAGAGAUGGCUUGUGUACCAUCAUAGCCAUUCUGUUUAAUAACAAGACUUGGCAGGUGAGUUUCAUUGACCAUAAUUAUGUUUAUAGUAAAACUGUUUGACCAGCUUAAAUAGUCUUGCUAUAGUUAAGCUAGCUGUAAAACCAAAUGGGAAACAUCAGCACACUAGCAUCACAAUGUAUGCUGGUGACCAGCUAGUGAUCCCAAGAAGUGACACUUUUGGACACAUUCAAAAAUGUGUCCAAUAUUUUGUAUAAAAUAUUGU